AUGUUGAGAGUGGAGGCAGGGAUGUUGAGAGUGGAAGCAGGGACGGGUGAGAGUGGGAGGAAGGGAGUUGAGAGUGGAAGCAGGGAUGUUGAGGUGGAAGCAGGGGAUGUUGAGAGUGGAGGCAGGGAUGUUGAGAGUGGAGGCAGGGAUGUUGGAGUGGAGGCAGGGGAUGUUGAGAGUGGAAGCAGGGAUGUGAGAGUGGAAGCAGGGAUGUUGAGAGUGGAGGCAGGGAUGUUGAGAGUGGAAGCAGGGAUGUUGAGAGUGGAGGAAGGGAUGUUGAGAGUGGAAGCAGGGAUGUUGAGAGUGGAAGCAGGGAUGUUGAGAGUGGAGGCAGGGAUGUUGAGAGUGGAAGCAGGGAUGUUGAGAGUGGAAGCAGGGACGUUGAGAGUGGAAGAAGGGAUGUUGAGAGUGGAGGCAGGGAUGUUGAGAGUGGAGGCAGGGAUGUUGAGAGUGGAGGCAGGGAUGUUGAGAGUGGAAGCAGGGAUGUUGAGAGUGGAGGCAGGGAUGUUGAGAGUGGAAGCAGGGAUGUUGAGAGUGGAGGCAGGGAUGUUGAGAGUGGAGGCAGGGAUGUUGAUAGUGGAAGCAGGGAUGUUGAGAGUGGAGGCAGGGAUGUUGAGAGUGGAAGCAGGGAUGUUGAGAGUGGAAGCAGGGAUGUUGAGAGUGGAAGCAGGGAUGUUGAGAGUGGAGGCAGGGAUGUUGAGAGUGGAGGCAGGGAUGUUGAGAGUGGAAGCAGGGAUGUUGAGAGUGGAAGCAGGGAUGUUGAGAGUGGAGGCAGGGAUGUUGAGAGUGGAAGCAGGGAUGCUGAGAGUGGAGGCAGGGAUGUUGAGAGUGGAAGCAGGGAUGUUGAGAGUGGAAGCAGGGAUGUUGAGAGUGGAAGCAAAAAAAAGGGGAACAAAACUGAAACUGAAAAUCAAUGUGUACAAUCAGGGAUCAAAUUAUACAUUGACAAUUUGGGGGUUCUUGACAUGUAUUAGGGGGGACCCUGAUUUGUUAUGGGUUACCCAGCCCCCAUAGCUGUCUCCUAGUUACUGGCUUCAGUAGGGCUAGGGAUCAGGGGUUAAUGUUAGUCAGUGACUUGCCAUCUCUGAAGUUCUGGUCCAGAUAGUCCAUGAUCUGAACUGGGUCUGUGAUGACGUUGUCAUGGUGUACGAGGACUGGUACCUCUCCUGCCGGGUUCAGUCUCAUGAACCAGGGCUCGUUGUGUUCACUAAGAGGCAGACUGACAUCAUACUCCUCACAGAUCAGUCCCUUCUCUGCUAUGGCCAGACGCACCUAGACAGGACAGGUACAGGAUUAGUUAACAUGUACAGUACAGACCCUUCUCUACUAUGCCCAGACCUCCCUACAAGACAGAUAAUUCUAUACUAUGACCAGACACCCCUACAAUUUACAUUUACAUUUUAGUCAUUUAGCAGACGCUCUUAUCCAGAGUGACUUACAGUUAGUGAGUGCAUACAUUUUUCAUACUGGACAGGACAGACCCUUCUCUACUAUGACCAAACCCCCCUACAAUACAGACCCUUCCAGUGCAGCACAACAAUACAGCUACACCUACAAUACAUCUACACCUACAAUACAUCUAUACCUACAGUAUAGCUACACCUACAGCACAGCUACACCUACAAUACACCUACAAUACAGCUACACCUACAAUACAGCUACACCUACAGUACAGCUACACCUACAAUACAGCUACACCUACAAUACAGCUACACCUACAAUACAGCUACACCUACAAUACAGCUACACCUACAAUACAGCUACACCUACAAUACAGCUAAACCUACAAUACAGCUACACCUACAAAACCUACAAUACAGCUACACCUACAAUACACCUACAAUACAGCUACACCUACAAUACAGCUACACCUACAAUACAGCUACACUACAUACAGCUACACCUACAAUACAGCUACACCUACAAUACAGCUACACCUACAAUACAGCUACACCUCAAUACACUACAGCUACAAUACAGCUACACCUACAAUACAGCUACAAUACAGCUACACCUACAAUACAGCUACACCUACAAUACAGCUACACCUACAGUACAGCACCUACAAUACAGCUACACCUACAAUACAGCUACACCUACAAUACAGCUACAAUACAGCUACACCUACAAUACAGCUACACCUACAAUACAGCUACAAUACAGCUACACCUACAACAUACACACAAUAACCACAUACAGCUACACCUACAAUACAGCUACACCUACAUACACCUACAAUACAGCUACACCUACAAUACAGCUACACCUACAAUACAGCUACACCUACAAUACACUACAAUACAGCUACACCUACAAUACAGCUACACCUACACUCUACAAAGCUACACCUACAAUACACCAGCUACACCUACAAUACAGCUACACUUAACAGCUAACACCUACAAUACAGCUACACCUACAAUACAGCUACAACCUACUACAAUACAGCUACACCUACAAUACAGCUACAAUACAGCUACACCUACAAUACAGCUACACCUACAAUACAGCUACAUACAAUACAGCUACACCUACACUACACCUACAAUACAGCUACACCUACAAUACAGCUACACCUACACUACACACAUAACAAUACAACUACACUACACUACAGCUACACCUACAAUACAGCUACACUAAACGUACACCUACAAUACAGUACAAAUACAGCUACAAUACUACACUACAAUUACAGCUACACCUACACUACAGCUACACCUACAAUACAGCUACACCUACAAUACAGUUACACCUACAAUACAGCUACACCUACAAUACAGCUACACCUACAAUACAGCUACAACUACACUACAGCUACAAUACAGCUACACCUACAAUACAGCUACAAUACAGUACACUACACUACACCUACAAUACAGCUACACCUACAAUACAGUACACCUACCAAUACAGCUACACCUACAUACAGCUACACCUACAAUACAGCUUACACUACAGCUACACCUACAAUACAGCUAAAACCUACAAUACAGCUACACCUACAAUAAGCUACACUACAAUACAGCUACACCUACAAUACAGUUACACCUACAAUACAGCUACACCUACAAUACAGCUACACCUACAAUACAGCUACACCUACAAUACAGCUACAAUACAGCUACACCUACAAUACAGCUACACCUACACUACAGCUACACCUACAAUACAGCUACACCUACAAUACAGUUACACCUACAGUACAGCUACACCUACAAUACAGCUACACCUACAAUACCCUACAAUACAGCUACACCUACAAUACAGCUACACCUACAAUACAGCUACACCUACAAUACAGCUACAAUACAGCUACACUACAAUAAUACCUACAGAUACAGCUACACCUACAAUACACUAACAAUACAGCUACACCUACAAUACAGCUACAAUACAGCUACACCAACCUACACUACAUACAGCUACACCUACAAUCACUACCUACACUAAAAUUUACACCCUAAAACUACACUACAAUACAGCUACACCUACAAUACACAAUACAUACCUACAAUACAGCUACACUACAAUACAGCUACACCUACAAUACAGCUACACCUACAAUACAGCUACACUUACAAUACACCUACAAUACAGCUACACCUACAAUACAGCUACACCUACAAUACAGCUACAAUACAGCUACACCUACAAUACAGCUACACCUACAAUACAGCUACACUACAAUACACCUAAAAUACACUACAAUACAGCUACAUACACAGCUACCCUACAUACAGCUAUACACACCUACAAUACAGUACACCUACAAUACACCUACACAAUACAGCUACACCUACAAUACAGCUACACCUCAAUACAAUACAACAGCUACAACACCUACAAUACAGCUACACCUACAAUACAGCUACACCUACAAUACAGCUACACUUACAGCUACACCUACAUACAGCUACACCUAACCAAUACAGCUACACCUACAAUCAUACACCUACAAUACAGCUCCCCUACAAACGCCCUACAAUACAGCUACACCAUACAGCUACACUACAAUAACCUACAAUACAGCUACACCUACAAUACAGCUACACCUACAAUACAACAAUACAGCUACACCUACAAUACAGCUACCCACCUAACCACAUACACCUACAAUACAGCCUACAAUACAGCUACACCUACAAUACAGCUACACCUCAUACGUACAUACAUACAGCUACACUACAAUAACUACCUAAAUACAGCUACCACAUACAGUACAAGACGUUACACCUACAAUACAGCUACACCUACAAUACAGCUACACCUACAACAUACACCUACAAUACAGCUACACCUACAGUACAGCUACACCUACAAUACAGCUACACCUACAAUACAGCUACAAUACAGCUACACCUACAAUACAGCUACAAUACAGCUAUACCUACAAUACUGCUACACCUACAAUACAGCUACAAUACAGCUACACCUACAAUACAGCUACACCUACACUACAGCUACACCUACAAUACAGCUACAAUACAGCUACACAUAUAAUACAGCUACACCUACAAUACAGCUACACAUACAAUACACCUACAAUACAGCUACAAUACAGCAUCUGGUACUUAAAGGUGUCCUCCAGAUAAUUGUUGUCCUGUUGAAAAGUGAUAUCCCAAGUAUAAAUACAGUAAAGUGCACACUAAAGGUUAAAAAAAUAUGUUUUGAGCAAAAUAUGGUUUUAUAGACAAAACAGCAUACUUAAAGGAGAAGGACAUUCAUGCCUACCCUGGAGUAGGACUUUAAAGCAUUCACUAUGAUGGGACUGUGGACUUGUAUUCAACGCAUAUGGAUAUGGAACUGGGAUUUAGCUGUAAUCAAGGCCAUGUGCAUGUUGGCUAAUAUAUCCAGCUUCCUGUUCAAGCAGAAAUAGCAAACCAUUUGUUGUAGCCAGCCUGGUUUCAGUCCGUUUUUGGACACAUCUUACGAGCUGCAAAAGCCGAUAUGAUGCUAUAACUUCAUUUAUAUUGUCAGAUAAGUGUUAUUUUGAUUAGCAUGUCGCUAUACCUUGCCUAGUCACGCAAUCCACCGGAUACCCUUUAGGAGCUGUCCGUUAAGGAUUGGUGCUGAAUCACUCACCUUCUGCGAACUGAAGGACUGCGUCCAAUGAUACAGUGUCAUUUUGGAUGGUUUGGAAUUCGUGCUUUCUGUGACAGCUCCGCUCUCUUGUUGUACCUCCUGAACAGCACCCUUGUUAAUGAGGAUUUCUUUCUCAUCCAGAGACUCGGCGCUGUUUUCCGCCGCCAUUUUAGCUAUCUGUCUGUCGCUGUGUUGUGCUGUGUUUGGGACGGUUGUCACUAGUUACCACAGCCACAAAGUCAAAAUGGUCUAUAUCAUAAAAAUGUAUGAAAACAGAAAUGAGCUUUUUGGACUUAAUUUAAGGCUAUGAUUAGGCAUAAGUAUAGCAGUGUGGUUAAGGUUAGGGUUAAGGUUAGGGGGAUAGGUUCAAAAUCAGAUGUGUUAAGAUGAGAAAUUGUAGAAAUAGGCGGGGUUUAGAAAUUUGUGGCUGUUGUAACUAGUGACGACCGUUUGAGACGUCAUCAGCAUCACACCCCUCUGAGGUUCAUCCGGACUGAUGAAUGAGAGAUGAACGGGAAUGCUGUAAGUCCCACUCUGAAAGAUCACAACUUCGAUUAGGCCUACGUCUGUGUGUUCUGUAAGCCUAAGUGGCAGAUCUAUAUUUAGAAAGCCUACAUAGUAGGCUAUUUAUUUAGUUUCUGUAAAAGGUGUAAUAUAAUAGCAAGAAAUCUCCUACUAGUUUUAGAAAAUGGUCUUUGUAAUUUGAUAAAUCCUCGCUUGUGAGAGGUUGUGUCCGACAGCUCUACGUAGAACUCCUCUCUGUAAUAAGUGUGUUGACCAUUACUUCCCAGUCAUCAGCAGAGGUCGCUGUUAUCCCAUUCCUUUUUCAAAUCUCCGUCGAGCUUUUCGAUUUGUGAUAUUAUAAUAAUAUGCCAUUUAGCAGACGCUUUUAUCCAAAGCGAAUUACAGUCACGUGCGCAUACAUUUUUACGUAUGGGUGGUCCCGGGGAUCGAACCCACUACCCUGGACGUUAGAAGCGCCGUGCUCUACCAAUUGAGCUACAGAGGACCACUCAAAUCUCCGUCGAGGUCUUUGAUUUGUGAUAUUGUCAGUACAGUAUUGACAAAUUCACAGUUUCCAUUCGAUUGAAGCUAAAAUGUUUUCAUCAUGUCUAAACUGAUUGAAUAAUCAAGUUGUGUAGAAUUAAGAAUUAGAGUUUGACCUUAUUAUAGCCUAUUUAAAAAAAAAAAAAAGCUUAGAUGUUGUAUUCAUAGAUAGGGGUACAACUAUAGGUUGAUAGAUUUAAGAAAAUUACUUAAAUACACUUGUCACAAAAAGUAGCCUAAGCAGAAGGCCUUCAACAACAGAAUGUACAUUUUAUAUUAUGUACAUAUUCUUUUUCAUUCCAACACUUUGAGAGCUUUGCCUAAAAUCAACAAUCUUACAGUGACCGUGUCAUUGAUUAGGAAUUAGAAUACUCAUUUAGUAGGAUCUCUAUGGAUCGCAUAGGACAUUUAUAUUUUACCUCCCUGUUCACUCACACCUCCAAAGAGAGCCAUUCUGUAGAGGGAACACACACCUGUGCUAGGCAGUAGGCGCGAGUAUUUCAAAAGUCACCGCACCGACCGGUGGCAUCGGCAGCACCCGGUUGCGACACCGGUAGCGGCGGUGGCUAUCUCACCGCUGGUCUGCUACUUGAACUAUGUGUUACCGGCGAACAGCGGCACAUAAUACAGAGCGCGCACACCCUCAUUAUUAGCUGAGGGGGUGGCGGUGUGGGAGGUUCUACUGGCGUGACGUAGAAAUUGGCCGCGUCUUUCUUGUUUGGAGACUCGAUGUUUCUCUCUCUCCCUCUGAUCAGUGGAGGGGGGAGACGAGCUAUCACACAGCGGCGGAUACCGCGUGCGACUC